CGCGGAGCCUCCAGCCACCCCUCACUCGUCUCUCCCGCCAGGCUCCCACCCGCACGAUGGCCUCGGCGAUGAGCUAUGUCUCCAAGUUCAAGUCCUUCGUGAUCUUGUUCGUCACCCCGCUCCUGCUGCUGCCACUCAUCAUUCUGAUGCCCGCCAAGUUUGUCAGGUGCGCCUACGUCAUCAUCCUCAUGGCCAUUUACUGGUGCACGGAAGUCAUCCCUCUGGCUGUCACCUCCCUCCUGCCUGUCUUGCUCUUCCCACUCCUGCAGAUUCUGGACUCCACGCAGGUGUGUAUCCAGUACAUGAAGGAUACCAACAUGCUCUUCCUGGGUGGCCUCAUCGUGGCCGUGGCCGUGGAGCGCUGGAACCUUCACAAGAGGAUCGCCCUGCGCACGCUCCUGUGGGCGGGGGCCAAGCCUGCACAGCUGAUGCUGGGCUUCAUGGGCGUCACGGCCUUCCUGUCCAUGUGGAUCAGCAACACGGCCACCACGGCCAUGAUGGUGCCCAUCGUGGAGGCCAUGCUGCAGCAGAUGGAGGCCACGAGCACAGCCACGGAGGCCAGCCUGGGGACCCUGGAGCUGGCGGAUAAGGGCAAGCCCGGUGAGCUGCCAGGGAACCAAGUGAUCUACGAAGGCCGUGCUGCGGGGCAGAAGCAGGACCAGGAGAGGAAGAACAUGUGCAAGGCCAUGACCCUGUGUGUGUGCUACGCGGCCAGCAUCGGGGGCACCGCCACACUGACUGGGACGGGCCCCAACGUGGUGCUGGCAGGACAGAUGCGCGAACUGUUUCCUGACAGUAAGGACCUCGUGAACUUUGCGUCUUGGUUUGGCUUUGCUUUCCCCAACAUGCUGAUCAUGCUGCUGUUCGCCUGGCUUUGGCUCCAGUGUAUCUACAUGAAGUUCAAUUUCAGAGACUCCUGGGGCUGCGGGCUGGAGAGGCGGAGCAACGAGAAGGCGGCCUAUGAGGUGCUGCAGGCGGAGUACAGGAAGCUGGGCCCCUUCUCCUUCGCCGAGGUCAACGUGCUCCUCUGCUUCGUCCUGCUCGUGGUCCUGUGGUUCUCCCGCGACCCUGGCUUCAUGCCCGGCUGGCUGUCACUCGCCUGGGUGGAAGGGGAGACCAAGUACGCCUCUGACGCCACUGUGGCCAUCUUUGUGGCCCUCCUGCUGUUCGUUGUGCCUUCACAGAAGCCCAAGUUCAACUUCUGCAGCCAGACUGAGGAAGAAAGGAAAACUCCAUUUUACCCACCUGCGUUGCUGAACUGGAAGGUGGCCCAGGAGAAAGUGCCCUGGGGGAUCGUGCUGCUGCUGGGGGGCGGCUUUGCCGUGGCCAAAGGAUGCGAGGUCUCGGGGCUGUCCGAGUGGAUGGGGAAGCAGAUGGAGCCCCUGCACACUGUGCCCCCCGCGGCCAUCACCUUGAUCCUGUCCUUGCUCGUCGCUGUGUUCACGGAGUGCACGAGCAACGUGGCGACCACCACCUUGUUUCUGCCCAUCUUUGCCUCCAUGUCCCGUUCCAUCGGCCUCAACCCACUCUACGUCAUGCUCCCCUGCACUCUGAGCGCCUCCUUCGCCUUCAUGCUGCCCGUGGCCACCCCACCCAACGCCAUCGUGUUUGCCUACGGACACCUCAAGGUUUCUGACAUGGUGAAAACAGGACUGAUGAUGAACAUAAUUGGAGUCUUGUGUGUGUUUUUGGCGGUCAACACCUGGGGACGGGUCCUGUUUGACUUGGACCGGUUCCCCGACUGGGCUAAUGUGACCCACGUGGAGACUUAGGGAGAGGGGCGGGACCACAGCCACGGCCACGCCCUCCGAGGACUAGCGAACCUUCCGGCACGCCUUGCACAGAGUUUUGGGGUUCCCACCCCAAAGUGACCCAGUGAUGUCCACACCCCACCAAGACCCUGCCAGCAGGCCGCCUCUUCCCCCAGGCCUGGGUUCAGAGCCAGGGAUGAGUGGCUGGAGAGCAGGUUUGGAGAGAUUGGAGCCCCUCACAAGGCCAGGGGCCCCAUCUUUUCCAGGCCCUGCCACCGUCUCUGGAAUGAGCAGGCAGCAGAGGGACCGGGACGCGGGCUCCUGUGCCCCCUCAGCCUGGAGCAGCCACCACACUGGCCCACACUGGGCUCCGGUUUCUACUCGCUUAGUCCCAGGCGGUGUGAACAGGGAGCCGAUGCCCAGGUUUGGGGCUGAGAAAAUCCACGGGUGCCUGCACCUCCUCUGCUCACCUUGGGCUGCCUCAAGUCACCUCCGUCGCCGUGCUGGGGACGACCCAGCCAGGGACAGGCCGCGGGAGCGGGGGUCUGCCCUUCCUGGAGACUCGGGGAACCCUGUCUGGUGCCACCAACAGAAGGAUGAGGAAUCUGUACGUGAGGCUUGUCUUCCCGCAGCCCAAGGCUGGCCCACUGCUCCCCGCCUAACCUCACUGCAUCUCGCUUGACCAUUUGGACCCUUGCCCAGCUCCCCAGCCUCCCUCAACUCCUAGGUCCCCUGGUUGGGAGGGCAGCAUUGGCUGAAAACCCUGGCCGGGGUUCCCAGGGUCCUGCUGCUCUCCCAGGUAGGUCGUUGGAGCUCUUCUGGGAGGUGCUUUUCCACCACCCCUCUGGAGCCAGCCUCACACUCACUCCGAGGAUGGGCAGGGAUGGCCUUUUGGAGGCCAUUGGGGGGGGUCUCGGUGCCCCCUCACCUGCAUGCAGAGUAGACACAGCUGUUGGUGCAUCUGUCCCAGAGUUUGAGCUCCUAUGAGCAGAGCCUGCCCUUAGUCGCCUGGCGGUUGCUGCCCUGCCUGGUGGCAACCGAAAUGAACAGACAGCCCUGCCUGGGAGCGAACCCCUCCAAAGUGGCCGAGGCAACAGCCGCAGGGCGGAACACAGAGACCUGGGAGACAGCCGGCCUCCUGCCCCUGGAGCCCAUUCUCUCUCCUUCUGGGAGCAAGGCGGUGACGUGUCGGGCAGGUCCACGGCUGGAAUUUUCAGGGCAGGAGAACACACGGGAACCUGAGCUAACCCCAAGUGUGGACCUGGUUCCUGACCACACCGCUGAGGUCUCCUUCUCGUUAAACAUUCUGUCUCCCAUGGAAAAUUCCGCUGUGCAGACUCGUCUCUGGUUUUCUGCCGUGUGGGGGGUGGGGCGAGGUAGAUGAAGGAAUGCUUUGGUGCUUCGGUCUGGGUCCUGGGUCCCGGGCCUUCCUGGUUAUUUCACUGGAUUGUUGCAACCUCGUGGGCUAGGCAGGGGUUACUGUUGCCCUUUGUCUUUCAAGAACUGGGAGGCUCAGGGAGGCUGGACCACGUGCCCUAACUCACAGUGAAGGUUCCAACAGAGCUCUUCCGACCCCCUGCCUGCUGUGCCUUCCUCUGGCCUUCCAGGGCUUGUAGGAACGGGGAACUGCCAAGGACAAGGCCACUGCUCAGCCCUGCCUGCUUGGUGAAGGUCUCCAUCCACAGGUGCCUCCAUAGCUCUGCUUUGCGAUGGGCUCGAGACAGUAUUGAAUUAGAUGGCAGAGGUCCCAGUUCUCAGAAACAAAGUAAUUGGGAGAAGGUUCUGGAAAUGGCUGCCCACUCCCCCCCACCCCCACCACCACCAAGGCAACCCUAUGGCUCCCUGGUUACCCAUCCUCUGUCUCUGCUUCCCACACCACUGCUGUUGGUUGGUGUGCCCCGCCAGGCUGAGGGCUCUGACUGCCUGCUGGGCUUAGGGGCAGCAGUGUGGCUGACCCAGAACACGGCAUAGGUAUGACCGAUAAAGGAAGAAUUGACCGGUGUGAUCAAUGAGGCACACACUUGCGGAUAGCAGGCAAGGUCAGUGAAGGUCAACCAAGGUGGGCGUUGAAGGAUCAGGAGGUUGGGCAGGGUGACGGGAGGGUUUGGCGGGACGGGUGGAAUUCCAGCUUGGGGGAGGAGGACAGAACUCCCAGCCCAAGGUGCUGAGCAAAGGCUGUUCUGAACAACUUCUCUGGCACUUGGCUGGAGUCGGCGCCGUUUAUGGCAUUUGCCAAUUCAGAACGUCUUUGCAAAUACGGAACUCCCAGCAGACGGUGGCUCCAAGCAUAAAGCUGUUGCAUGUUUACUUAAGAGAAGUCUGGAGGUAGACGGUCCAGCAGCUCUGGCUGCCGAGGACUUGGGCUCCACAUUCCACUCUCGUCUGCAGGGGACCACACGGUGCCCCUCAGGCUCCAUGCACAUCUGUGCUCCCUGGAGGCAGGCAGAGGUUCAGGGCCCAUCUCAGUCGUAUCGCACGGUAAGAACUCAUUCAGAAGCCUCAGACUUCUCUUGGUGUCUUAUCAGCCAGAGGCGGUCACGUCCCCACCCCUAGACCCACCAUUGACAAAGGGGAGUUGGACUGCCUUAAGACCUUGAAGCCUCAUUCAUCUCUUCGGUUAGGGAAUUGGCCCAAGUUUCCUGAACGCAAGAGAUUUCUACGACUACAGACUCUAGGGUUCUGGCAGGAAAAAGGACAGGAGUUGUGGGGUAGGGGAUGAGCAGGUCUGGGAUGGUCUCUCCAGGUGACCCCGGGGACUCCCUUUUCCGAUUUCAGAAUGUGUUUCCAGGUGGGAAGAGAGCAGGUGGUUGUCCAGUCAGGAGCUUUAGCAGUUCCUCCUGGGGCCACUGUCCUGGGAGGCUAGAGUCGGGCCUAGGAGCAAACUCAGCCCUGCCUCUGGGCUCAGCUUCCAUCACGCAGGGCCUGGACUAGAGGGUGUCUUAGGGUCUCCCCCAGAGUCACAGAGCCCCUUCCUCUCUGCUUGGGCCAGGUGCAGCCCUCCGUCCCCACCCCCUGUGCUGUCUCAGCUCAGAGCCUGUUCCUGGGGCCUGUUCCCUGCUCCCAACUGAGGCUUAGCCACUUGCUGAAGUCCAUCCAAGCCUCUGGCCCACCUGUGACCUGUGAUUGGCCUCUUACACUUGGCAAAGAGGUUCUACCCUGCCCUCGAGUUCUCGCUGUCUCCAUCAGACAUUUGGGCUGGAGGUUGGCUGAACACAGAAUUCUGACGAGGACUGCUCUCAGGUUUUCUCCUGGGGACUUGUGACUACAAGAAUUCUGUGCAUUCCUAAGGUCAAGUUGUUGGGGCAGCGUUGUCCUCAGAUCCCUGAAUCAAGAGCUCCUGGGGGCAGGCCACAGGUCUCCCGAGCUGAGAGCUUCCUUGGGGAAGGCCCCGGACCUCCCUCUCUGGCGGAGCCAGUGAGCCAGACGUCCACCUGGGGCAGGUGCAGUCUUUUUUCCUCCUCCCCAUUUCUUAGAGCCCAACAACAGGCUUUUGUCUGGACUCCAACCAGCUUGUCAGCUCACUCGCAUAGAGUCCAGUCCUGGAGAUGAGUAAGAUCCUCGAUGCCAUGUUCUUGUUUAGGAAAGUAAGGACCAAGUAUUGGACCAUCUGGUUAAAGGCUACCUCUGGCCCUCCUCAUCAGCUCAGAUCCCUUCUUCCAGGUACUCCCGUGACCUCUUAAAAGCCUUGUCUCCCAACCUACCAGGGAAACGUUUUAUUUAUUUACACUCAAAAAAAUUAAAAUAAAUGUUUUACUCAGAUAACUCCUCCAGGCCACCAAGUGAGCUUUGACAUUAUUCAACUGGAAGCUUGUUUUGGGGGCUGAAGUCUUUGCAAUUGGAUAUUCAGUUUAUUUUCCCUGGUGUCCUGAGCCAGGACUUGGGUACUCAUUUUUGUGCCCCAGGAACAUGCUCCUGUCUUCUUCCCUGAUCUGCUUGUCCACACGCCCGCUUCCACUGGCAAGAGCCAAGGCCUCCUGCUGUGGCAGUGCCAUCCCUGCCUCCAGCUAUCAAGGGUAGAGAAAUGGGAAAAUGCAACCCCAUGACACCCUGUUGCCCAGUGGAGAAACAUUUACUAGGUUUUAAAGUUAUCCAAUAUGAAAACAAAGAAGUUCCAACAGUGCAGAGGCAUUGAAAUGCCCUCCCGCCGCUUCCUCGAGUGCUCCAGUUUCCUCCACACCCUAUAAAUGUCACGCACACAGAUUCUGUGCUGGCUGUGUGGGUCUGUCCCCUUUGCUGCACAUGGAACACACCAACCACAGUCUCUGUCCCUGUCUCUGCCUCCACCCUGCUUCACAGUUUAUUUGGAGGUCAAUCUAUUUCAAGGUGUGUUAAGUUUGGUUGUUUUUUUUUUGUCCAUUCAGUAGUUAAUUUGAGGUCAAAGUCAGCCUCUUGCACAGAUCUUGAGUGUACAAUCCGAUGAUUUCGAAAACUGCAUGUACCGUGUGAGCAAUGCCCCAGUUCCGUCUCUGUCCCCUGGACAGUGCUCCCUGCCUCCUCUGGUAAGCUGCACCUCUUACUGGCAGCCACGUCCUGUUGUCACCCCCGAUUGCUUUUUGUCUGUUGAACCUCACAUAAUUGGAAUUUGUGUCCGAUUCAUGUUGCCUAUGAGAAUACGUUUGAAAGCUGUUCCUGCCAUGCCUUCAUUCCUUGUAUUGUUGUUGCUAAGUAGCGCUCAUAAUUUAUGUUUUCCUGUUGGUGGACAUUAGGGCUGCUCCGGUUAGGGGCGCUUUUAAAUAAAACUGUUGUAAACCCCUGUAUAA